AUGACCGUGGAUGAAGCAGGUAGUAGCUCCUUGUGGAGUCGAGAGCAGGAUAAGGCAUUUGAGAAUGCUCUGGCAACUUAUCCUGAGGAUUCUUCAGAUCGGUGGGAAAAAAUUGCAGCUGAUGUACCAGGGAAAACCAUAGAGGAAAUAAAACAUCAUUAUGAACUCUUAGUUGAUGACAUAAACCAGAUCGAAGCUGGUUUUGUGCCACUGCCUUGCUACAAUUCUUCUUCAGAGGGUUCGACAAGCCAUGCCAGUGACGAAGGAACUAAUAAGAAAGGUGGACAUUCUGGAAACUACAGCAGCGAAUCUAAUCAUGGAACUAAGGCUUCAAGGGCUGAUCAGGAGCGCCGAAAGGGGAUUGCUUGGACAGAGGAUGAACACAGGCUAUUUCUUCUUGGUUUGGAGAAAUAUGGGAAAGGUGACUGGCGAAGCAUAUCUCGGAAUUUUGUGGUAACAAGAACUCCUACGCAAGUGGCAAGCCACGCACAGAAGUACUUCAUACGUUUGAAUUCAAUGAACAAGGACAGAAGGAGAUCAAGCAUUCAUGAUAUCACCAGUGUCAACAAUGGAGACAUUUCGUCACCUCAAGGGCCAAUAACAGGUCAAGCAAAUGGUUCUGCAGUAGGUUCUUCUGGCAAAUCAACCAAACAAUCUCCUGCUGGGCCUCCAGGGCCAGGGGUUGGCAUGUACGGUGCACCGACUAUAGGACAACCGAUUGGAGGACCCCUUGUAUCAGCUGUCGGCACACCUGUGAAUCUCCCUGCAGGGCCUCCACACAUGGCAUAUGGUCUGAGAGCCCCCGUACCUGGAGGAGUUGUUCCGGGGGCACCAAUGAACAUGGUUCCCAUGACAUAUCCAAUGCCUCACACUUCUCAUAGGUAA